GAGAAAACGGUUUAGUUGCAGACAGGCAAUGCAUUGUGGAUGUGCUUUCGCUUCACCAGCAGUGUCUCCACGUCUGCCAUUUGAAAUCAAUGUCUCAGUUUCAAAGCUUCGAGCUUUACCAGCUCAAUCACCUAAAACCCAGAUUCAGAUAAACCCUUCCGAUGAUCUCUUUAUCGAAGGUUCAGAUAAAUCUCCGGCGAGUAGGGUUUCGUUACCGUCUCAUGUGAAUUCCAUCACCAGCACCUCAAACCCUUUUGUCAAACACUGCUUGAAGCUCCGCCAAAGCUCCUCUUAUCGCCACGCACAUGGCUCUGUUCUCGUCGUCGGAGCUAUCCCAAUCAGUGAAGUAUGUAUGUUCCAAACGAAAAAGCAAGGAAUCACCACUGAGAUUGACUGUCUACUUCUUCACGAAGAAGCUCAGAUUCCAAAAGGAUUGAAGCGUCUAAGUAUACGCAUUGUUCGAGUAAGUUCUUCAGUGAUGAAGAAACUCUCUGGAGUCCAGUCUACUGAAUCUGUUGAAGCCAUUGCCUUGAUGAGAAUCCCUACCAGCUUCAUCGAUCUUAAAGAUGAUGAAGACAUCAUCACAACAGAUUGCAGCAAAUGGUUCCCUUCUGCUCACAGAGUUCUUGUUCUGGACAGGAUACAGGACCCGGGGAACCUUGGAACAUUAAUCAGAUCAGCUAUGGCUUUUAACUGGGAUGGUGCAUUUCUGCUUCCGGGUUGUUGCGAUCCGUUUAACGACAAAGCUCUUCGAGCAAGCCGAGGAGCUUCUUUUCAGCUCCCCAUAGUUUCCGGCGACUGGAACCACCUCAAGCUUCUAGAGCAUGGGUUCCAGAUGAAGCUAUUAGCUGGUCAUCCAGCAACUUCUACUCAGAAACCGAAACCCGUCUCCAAACUUUCCCUGGAGUUUGCUCAAUCUUUAGCGGAGAAGCCCUUAUGCUUGAUCUUAGGCAGCGAAGGGCACGGUUUGUCUGAGGAGUCACGACAAGUAUGCGAGCUUGUGAGCAUUCCCAUGGCGGGUGAAUUUGAAUCUCUUAACGUCUCUGUUGCUGGUGGCAUUUUCUUAUUCACGCUUCAACCUUGUUCCGGUUUUUAAUCUUAUAUAAUGCUUAUAAACAAUCAUAUCAGAAUCCAAAUAAAUUCCAUAUAUAAUAUUUCAA